AUGACAAGUUUGGAUGACUACAAUUUUGAGUUAAGUGAAGACGAUGAGUACUAUCAGUUUGUCGAAGACAGUGAUUAUGAGUCUGAUUAUUCAUCCGGAAAAGUCCUAAAAGUGGAUGAGAGCUUCCAGGGAAGUGACGAUCUGCGCCUUAGAUACAAGUCGCUAUCCACCAAUGAAUUAUAUGAUGAUGUUAUGGAACGUGUUGAAUUUGUGCGUACUAUUACUCAGCUUUCUACCGAUAGUAUGAUCAUUUUAUUACGGUUAUAUGGAUGGAACGAGGAAAAGCUAUUAGAGGAUUAUACAGAGAACCCAAGUGAGAUUCUUGAGAAAGGUGGGCUUAUAGUGCCGGAGCACUGUAAGAAGAGAGAUUUGACAGAUAAACCUCAUUAUACAUGCCUCAUCUGUUGCGACAGCUACAGCAAAGUACCGGUUUUUAGGAUGGAGUGUGGGCAUGAGGCGUGUAUCAAUUGCUAUAGAACAUAUUUGACUUCCACUUUGAAGAAGCCUAAGGCACCAACCUGUAUGAGUUGCCAUUUAUCUAUUACUUCUAGUGAUAUUGACCGAAUAUUCGGAAAUAAAGAGUUCAGCAAGAAGCAUAUUUGUCUAUCCUUUGAGACGUUUAUUAAUAAGCAUUCCAAAAACUACAAAUGGUGUCCCUAUACAGGUUGCGGUAACAUCAUAUAUUCUAACAACGAGUCUACAUUGAACGAAAUGUUGAAGCGACAUAAGAUACCCGAAGUUGAAUGUAGCAAUAAACACGCGUUUUGUUUUUACUGUUCCACAGAAGUACACACUCCGAGCGAUUGUAAAAUUGCACAAUAUUGGAUUCAAAAGGUUAGAGAUGAAUCAACGAAUUUAAAUUGGAUAUUAAACAACACCAAGCCAUGCCCGUUCUGCGGUACUAGUAUAGAGAAAAACGGAGGUUGCAACCAUAUGACAUGUCAGAGCUGCCAUUCCGAGUUUUGUUGGAUUUGCGAUGGGAAGUGGGCCAUACAUACCGACAACUAUGUGUGUAAAUUCCAAAAUGAAAAGAAAGAUAACACAAUUAAUAAGUCAAUAACAAAACGGUUCACAGAUGGUUAUAAAAUGUUUAUUGUACAUGAAAAUUCGUCAGAUUUGGACCUUAAAUUGGCCGGUACUAUAGAGUCCAAAAUAUUCACACUUCAAAAAGAAUUGGGAAUAUCGUGGAUCGAAGGACAGUUCUUAUCCGAAUCAAUUAAAAUAUUGUUACAUGGUCGUUCGGUAUUGAAAUGGUCGUAUGCAAUCGGAGUUUUUUGUGAUCCAUCUCACAAUCUCACGCAUAUCUUGGAACAAAACCAAACAAUGCUAUCUAAUGCAGUUGAGUCACUUUCUUUGAAAAUUCAAAUUAAAGACCCCAAAGUAUUGAUCAAGAGUAAAGCCGAAUUCCAUGAUGCAUCCAGCCUAGUUAAUGGUAGGGUGGUUGCCUUGGAGAAGUGUUGUCAAGAGCUUUUGAUAAAGGGAAUAUGCAAACUUGAAGCUAUUUAA